AUGUCUACUAACACAGUGCAUCCGACUACUACCUUGACCCCCGAGCUUGAGGCAGUCCUGAAAGAGGACACGGACCGUCGUUUGAGGGACUUGAUAGCUAUGAACAGCAAGAGCCGUUAUGCUCGUAGCUCCUCCAGCCUCUCGGACUUCCGUCUGGCUAUUGAAAAUACAGACGUGCAGACUGACGAGUCUGUUCUUGCUGACUUCCGUCGCCUUGUCCCGCUUACAGACUACGAGUCUUACCGCCCGUUUUUUGACAAGUUCAAUUCCCGCCCUUGCAAGUUGUCCGAAGUUGAGGACAUGUUUGCACCUGGUCUUCCAGUUUACAUCCCCCUCUCAAGUGCCACAACGAACAGGAAGUCCAAGCAGUUCGUGAAGUACUUUCGCUCUCAGCCCUAUGCCCACGGACCCCCGCCCUUGCGUAUAAAGACUACUGCAUUCCUUUUUACCUUCGCAUAUAGAGACCCGGUAGAAGUAGUAACGGAUUCUGGAGAAGUCACGAAGAGGAUUCCUCUAUGCAACCAGUCGUCCGGGGUAAUGCGCUUACAGAAUAAUUGGUCCAUCGAAACUGAUGAUACUCGCAUGGGGUCUAUACUCCCCGGCCACGUAGCUCCAUGGGCAACAGGAUUUAUCAUUCACCAUCGGUCCUUCCUGCUGAUCCACGCACUCUUUGCGUUGGCGAAUACAUCCCUGGAGGGGUUUGCUGUGACAUUUUUACCUUAUUUCAUCGACAUGGUGCAUCGCAUCAAAGAAGAGUGGGACGUACUCGUCUCAGGUAUUCGGAAUGGGAUCAUCCCAGAUUUCGAUCAGAUAGACCACGUCCGGCCUUAUUUGCAGGUCCACUUGCGUACAGACCCACAACGGGCAGAUGAACUUCAGAGCAUAGGACCUCCUCUCUCUUACUCAGGGUGGGCCCAGCGUGUCUGGCCGAAUUUGAAGCUCCUCAAAGGCAUCUGUAGCGGUACAUUCGCUGCGGCAUUACCUCAGGCGAGGUCAGUGCUUGGACCAAAUGUAAUCAUCCACAACACUUGGUAUAUAUGUACAGAAGGUCUCAUAGGUAGAACCCUCAACUUUGAAGAUACAGAGACUUUCGUUAUUGCAGCCAAUGACCUUAUCGAGUUUCUUGACAUGACAGAAGGAGAGACAAAUAGAAAAAUACUUCAAGCGUGGGAACUUCAACCUGGAAUGUUCUACCAGCCUGUGUCAACGACCUAUGAUGGACUAUGGAGAUAUCUUAUAGACGACGUCAUCCAAGUCACCGGCUUCGACCCGCGUAAUGGGUUGCCGGUAUUCAGGUACUCCAGGCGGAAGAAUCUGGAACUCCGGCUGCCACAUGCCAUGAUCACUGAAGCUGAUCUUGUCAGCGUGAUUCAUGCGAUUAGCGGGGAGGAUACUGUGCAGGUACACGAGUUCACAACGGUCGUUGACGACCGCAAGUUCCCACAGACAGUGGGAUUUUUUAUCGGAAUCACAGGAGACAUAGGUCCCAAUGCGAAAUUUGCAAGACAGAAAGCCUUCGCAGCCCUCGCUGCGACAAGCGAAGAACACCAGAUCGCAUUCGAUGGGGGCGAGCUUGGUUUGCCCACGAUUCGUAUUGUUAAGCCCGAGACUUUUGCAGACUAUCGGCGGUGGCGAGGUGAAAGUAUGAAGUUUGGUGUUGGCCAGAUUAAGGUUCCCGUUGUCCUCUCCGACUCCAAGGCACAAGAGUGGAUUGCGGAGAGGGUUAUGAUGGAGCUCUGA